UGAUAACUUCCUUUACUGAUAUUGCAUCUGCAAGAUUUUUAAAGCAGAUCCAAAUAUUUUGAAUGCCCGACUUCUCAUGGAGCUAGUACGACACAUUUUGGAGCGUGCUAUUGAAAAUCAGGGUUGCGCCUCUUCAGCAGCUAAGAUAUGUAUUACAAUUAUAGAGAAAGAGAUGAAAGAGACAUUCUUAGAGUCCUUGCUCAACACAUGCCAGCAGUGGUACCAAAAUUACAAUAAGCAAUUUCAACAUUUUACUACAUAUCAUCAGUUGUCUGCCUUCAUGAUAUUUCUCAAUGAAAUGUAUUGUCAGUUGAAACGACGUCAGUUGCAACUCAAAAUGCAGCGAGAAAGUAUAUCCCCAGGAAGAGUUCUUUUGUCAUUGCUUUGGAAGUGCUGUAACGAUUGUCUUCAUCCACCAAUUAUCAGUUCUCCUGUAGAGACGAGUUGUCUUUUUUUCAUACUGACAUGCAUUGGCAAAGAUUUGGCGAUGGAGUUACCCACUCAAUUACAAGAAUUGCUUGCCAGUGUACGUGACGCCUUUCUCAAUGAAGAUACAACUCCACCAACGGUGCGCAAAACCCUGCUUCAACUGAUUGAGUUGCAUGCAGCCCAUUGGCAGCUUCCGGCUCCUGCGGUCAUAUACUACUACCCUGGUUCUACAAAAUUAAAUACUUAAUAGAUUUCACAAACUUCAUUCACAUAUAACUUAUAACUGUGAUUCAUAUACACUUACACUCUUUUUUUUAAAAAGCCCAGCAGUGUAGGCACAACGAUUUUUAAUAUAAAGAAACAUACCAAUGACAUUGAUUAAACAUGCUUCUACAAAUAAACAAUCAACAAUAAUAACUAAAUUAGUAUUGAUAGCAUUAAAAAUACUUAUUUUUAUCAAAAAAAGACUUCAUGUUUUGGAUAAAUCGAAAAUGUAUUUUUUU